AUGGCUCCGAAGCAAGGACUCAUCGAGAAGCCCAUUUCUGCGCUACCAAGAAUCCAUCGAUUAAUCACAAGCCAUGACGAAAAUUCCGGUCAGGCUAUAAUCCAUUCUUUCGAACCUGGACUCUGGCAACCAAUGCGAAAUAAUACUGUUGCUUUGGAUCUUGUCUACACCACUUCCGAGUUUCCUGUGCAGAUGAACAAUGAUGCAGAUGUUGAGGCACACGAAAGGGUUGUCGAAAAAGGGGUCGGAUUAGUGAAUCCAGGUGGCAGUGUGUGUAGGAUGGUCGAUUUCUCUCCGAGCAAUGACCCAAUGAUGCAUCGAACCAAGAGCCUCGAUUAUGGAGUCGUGCUGGAAGGAGAGAUCGAACUCAUACUAGACUCGGGCGAGAUGAAAACGCUGAGGAGAGGCGAUGUCGCAAUUCAAAGGGGUACAAUGCACGCCUGGAGAAAUCCGAGUACGACUCAGUGGGCCAGAAUGAUGUUCGUCCUACUUGAUUCGCAAGCGUUGCAGAUUGGAAACUAUUCCUUGAAGGAAUCUCUUGCGCCAGGGCAACACGAGAUACAAGGCAGUGGAAACGAUAAAUAA